AUGAGUGGCAGCGACAAGGCGCCAGGCCGCCUCGCGAGUGAGGAUGUGCUUAACAAGAAGAUGGACCUGUGCCUGAGCAACGCCAUUGUUAAGACCGGCAUUGGCUUCAGCGCGGGUGUGGUGCUCUCGGUGCUGUUCCUCCGCCGGCGGUCGUGGCCAGUGUGGCUCGGCACGGGCUUUGGUCUGGGUGCCGGCUACACGGACUGUGAGCGCUCGUUCAACCCUGUGUCGGUGCCGGGUGUGCGCCUCUUGCCGACAGGCACGCGCGAGGUGCCCGACACCCGCUUUGGUGCGCUGCAGCAGCGUGUGGGCGAGCUGUUCGGCGAUGCGCGCGAGAAGGCUGCGAACGCAGUCGACCAGACGUCGGACUUCCGCACGGCCGCACACGAGCGCUUUACGGAACUGAGCCAGCAGGGCAAGGAGGCAUUUGAGAAGCAGGUCGGCCAGCUGCAGGCCAAGACGCAGGACCUGAAGGACAAGAUCGUCGAGUCGAGCAAGGACGUGGCGAAGGAGGUCACGCCGGUGGCCGACGACAAGAAGGUGCGCGUCGUCUGA